AUGGAAGACGCCGUUCGCCCCAGCGAGCAAGGCGCUCGUAGCAUGUACGCGCAGGGGUACGAAACAUGGUUCACGAUAUUCGAAAGCGCGUCCAGAGAAACAUCCUUGCCAAGAGAAACCCUGCAACGCUUGGGAACCGCCUUUCCUAACCAGCCUUGUUUUCCAAACAAUGUCGCCGUCGAUAGCAUUUUUGACAACGCUGCUUUGGUCAAAGGGAUCAUUUCCUGGCAUCCAACCAGUGAUUCAGGCCAUUUGCCGCCAUUCAAAGAAGAGUCCAUUUUCAAGAUUGCAUGGAACAAGCCAACCAGGGUGGUUCUGACAUCAGAUAUACGGCAAGCAAAGGCUACUCUGCCGGACAUCUUUGGUGAAGGCAGCCGCCAUAUUCCCGUCCUUCUUCAAGCUUGGGCAUACAUUCUUUCCGCAAGAUGGGCUGAGUUAAUCCCCAGCGCACGUGUUCGGUUCAGUGGAGAAAUCGAUGGGUCUCCCCCAAAGGUGAACAAAGAAGCUGCUGCUACAAUAAAUAUCGGUGCAGUGAGUGGAGACGCCGCCAGGUGGUGGAAUGCCAUACUAUCGGUCAAGGAGAGUUGGGAUGCCACAAUCUGCAAUAAAAAAGGCCAACCUCUUCAUUCACCAUGGUCUACGACACUGACAUCUGAACACCCUUUAUUGGUCUUGGCAGAAAUCGAAACAGAAGCAUCAACGCCUAACGACAAUCCACCUUCGUCGUCUACAGCGCGCCGUUAUUUGACCGACUACUGCAUUUACCAUGGCAUCGACGGUGAUGUGAACCUGGCAGCCUUCGCAGCAGCCUUACUCAUUCCGGCUGCCAAGUACGACGGCAGAGGGAUGGGGAUACCGGUCCCAAAGAUAGUCCGAGAUCAGCACAGAGGAGAGAACGAGCGCCCAGCAGCCUCCAGUUUUGAGACUCCUGAUCCUCUCCAACUUGACAAGCUCUUGACGCUUAGUUGCAAUGCCAAAGCAGUCAAGGCUCUCCUCACCAGUGUGUUCUUCGAAUCGGGCGUCGAAAGCAACAUAUGCGGCAUGUGGCUACGGGGCUCGUUUACGUUUCUCAGCACCGUCAAAGACCCCCAUGUACUCCUGCGUACCAUGAUAAAACGCGAUCCGGAGCUCGGUUUCUUGUGGGUCGGUGCUUUCAUAACAGGGUGUCACGAUAGAGCACUACGUGAGGGCCGCAGCGGUUGGUGGAAAACUGAUCUUGGGGCAGCUGCUUGGACAGGCACACUGAUGUCUUUCAUUCAAGAACCAGUGUUCUGCCCGCCGCCAGGAACAAUAUCAAACCCACGCGCUGACGAGUGUCGUCUAUCGUACCUCUGCCAUGAUAUGAAUUACACCACGCCGCCAUUGUUUCCCUUUGCACCAUUCGGCUCCACCGCUCUACUUGACACCAAUCUUAAUGUUCGAGAGCAUUCUUCUUGUGGAAGAGAUCAUGUCCUCAACUAUGUCGGUUUAACCUGGCGCUGCAGUGACGGCACAGAAGUCAAACAAGGGCCGGAGAUGCCAGUAAUCGCGAUGAGACCCAAGGUUGGGAAACAGUCGGGUUCCGACAAACAAGUUGAUAUUAAUUAUGAAGAUUAUGAUUCAGAGGACGACAAUUCGGAAAUGGUGACCAGAAACAUCUUCACCUGGCUUCGUGGAGAAGAUGGGUUCCCUGUUGCCGAGAGGGCGAUCCGUGAGCACGAAUGGAUUGAUAACUUGGAUUCUGAUGACGAUGAGCCCAUUGAGGGAGACGUACGUUCUACUGUCGGGGGACGUCUUCAUGGGUGGUUGUUGAAAACAACAACACAAAGGUCGUAUUCCAUCUAA